GCUUGCCAGGUCGACCGCUGUCCAUCCUCAAGAUGACGUCCUUUAUGGCAGUCGAGCCUCCGACGGCAGGCCGGGUCACGCUUCACACGACAGUCGGCGACAUUUCUGUCGAACUAUGGUCAGGCAAGAAAGAGGCUCCUCUGGCUUGUCGCAACUUUGUCCAGCUCUGUCUCGAAGGCUACUAUGACGGUCACAUCUUCCACCGCAUCGUCAAGGACUUCAUUGCCCAGACGGGCGAUCCAACAGGCACAGGACAGGGAGGAGAGAGCAUCUUUGAUGAACCUUUUGCCGACGAAUUCUCUCCCAGACUGAGGUUCAACCGGCGCGGACUCGUCGGUAUGGCCAAUCCUGGCACAAGGGACACCAACCUGUCACAGUUCUUCGUGACAAUGGACAAAGCAGACGAGCUGACAGGCAAGCACACACUCUUUGGCAGACUCUACGGCGACACGCUAUACAACGUCCUCAGACUGAACGAGCUCGAACUGGAAGAAGGCACAGAGAGGCCUGUCUAUCCGCCGCGCAUACGAAGCGUGACAGUCGAUGACAAUCCGUUUGAUGACAUCGUACCUCGCAUCACCGCAUCCGAACGCAGAGAGCAAGAAAAGGCGCGCUUGGCAUCACGACAGUCAAAGAAAGGCUCGAAUCGCAAAGGCACAAAGAAUGCUGGCCUACUCUCCUUUGAGGAGGAAGCUCAGCCUGCAGCCGCACCAAGAGGUCCCAAGACCUUAUCUGCACACGAUGUGCUGGACGACAAACGUUUGUCCAGUCGCAUUGUCGACGACAGAGCCAUGCACAUACCUCAGCUACCCGAUACUGACACUUCUCGUCCGGUAAAGCGGAAGAUCGCAUCACCGGUGCCUGAGCCAGUCCAACCCAAGCGAGCAGCUCCCAAACCCAAAGAGCCUUCGCCCGAUGCGAGUGCCAAAGUACAAGCGCAGAUAGAGAAGGUACAGGCUGAGAUGCGAAGGAUGAAAGACCGCAAGGCCGACCAAGCAGCAGAAGCUGCGAGAGCGCAAACGAAAGCAAAGGCCAGCCUGCUCGCUGCCGAACGAGAAAAGUACGCCCAUAAGCGCAAGAUCGGCAAGAAGCUCGAAGACCGCGCGCUAGGCGCUAGCUUGAACGAUUUUGAUCAGCUUUUGCGCACCAAAGUCAAAGAAGUCAAGCAGCAGCAGCCUGCAGCAGACUCCCACACAAACCCAGAGGACAACUUAGAGGAAGACGUCGACGAGACAGACCUGACAUGGCUCGGCCAUACUCUGAAAUUCAGAAAAGACGCAACCCUCGACCGCAGCCUAAAGGCCGAAUACGAAGCCGUCGAUCCUCUCAACCGCAAAGGAAUCACCCUGGAAGAGGCACAGCAAGAGGCCACGCGACAGGCACGCAUCAAGCAACGCGAGGCAGGACCUCGUAAGGCAUGAGGAGACCUACAUUACAUCCUGACUACAGUGCACAAAUCGCAUAUCCUACAGAGUCGUGUCGUGAAUGCAAGCUGGACUAGCGAGUCGACCUCAGCACGGCGACUUGCUUUUCGAUCUUCUCGUUCGAUGCUGUUAUGGCGUCUUCGGCAGCACGCAUCUUGGCAAGCAAUCCGUCUACGCGGCUGGCAAUCUCGACGGGUACCGCCGACGAAUUUCCGAAGAUCCACCUGCCCUUGUCCUGCGAGAAGAGCUGUCCGAGACUGACGAGAUCUUUCUCGGCUGCCGCGAUGUCAGCCUCGGCGGUGGCGAUUGCCUUCUCGGCAGA